AUGAGUUGCUUUACCGGGCGGUGGAAGAGCCAAGCGAAAGGAGGGGAGCUGCUCGAGUUCACCAGCGAAGCACUCGCGUCCCAGCGCCAGGCUGCCAGGACGUGCUGCCAGAGCACAUCUCCUUGGGUGCUGCCGGGUUGUGUCCGUGGGCUCUUCACCUGGGUGAGCGAAGGGAGCGUGCCGGGCUGCGAGGCCGCGGGACACCUCCUCACGUACCGGCAAAUUCUCCACCGGCUGCUCCUGCUGCGCCGAAAGAUUGCUACGCGGAGCGAGGCGAUUGCCCAGAAACGGGAUCAGUGUGCUUUCGCUGCCUGCUGCGCUGCACCUGAAGAGGACCAAAAGCUGAUUUAUUCUGGGAAGCUGAUGCUUGAUCAUCAUUAUCUGAGAGAGUUGCUGCCAAAGCAGGGGGAGUUGCAUGCUCUUCAUUUGGUAUACAACUUCAAGACUCCUGCAAAUGCGCAAGAAGCCAAUGCAGAGGUUAAAGCCGAUCAGCCAAAGCUAUCGUCAGAAGCUAGUCAAGAACCAUCUGUAUCUUCCUCAAAUGGUGAAAGACUGAGAUGCUCUUCUGGUGGCCAGUCUCCGGCAGAAGCCAGUAACAGGCUUGAAACGACUCGGCAUCCCUUCCAGAGUGUGGCUCCUGGCUUCUCUGCUUAUACAACCUACAGCAUGCUUCAGAUGUCCUGGUUUCAGCAGAUUUAUGCAAGACAAUAUUACAUGCAAUACUUGGCUUCUACUGCUGCAUCUGCUGACCCAUCCCAUACACGACGUUCUCAGGAGAUACCGGUGGCGCCGGUGACACCCCCGGCUCCUCUCCCAGACCCGUUUCCUGCACAAAAUCAGCCUGGAAACCAGAACGCUGCUGCCCAGGUUAACGCAGCGGCCAACCAGAACUUGCGGAUGAAUGCCCAAGGGGGUCCCCUCAUGGAGGAAGAGGAGGAGGGUGGCAAUCGAGAUUGGUUGGACUGGCUCUACUCAGCAACACUGUUCUAUGUUUUUGUCAACAUUAUCUAUUUCUACUCCAGUGUCAGCAGAUUCCUCCUGGUUAUGGGUGGCACUGUUCUGAUGUAUCUGCACCAUGUUGGAUGGCUUCCAUUUAGACAAAGACAAGUUCAGCCCCUCCCAGGCAAUGUUCCUCCUCAAGCUGCUGUAAACCAGGACCAGAACAAUAACUUACAGGGGGGAAAUGCAGGCAGAGCAGAUGAAUCUGAGGCGUCUCCUGAUGAGGGACAAGUUUUACAAGAACUGCAGCAGGCCAACCCUUCAUUUAUGAGCACAGCAUGGGUUUUUUUCAAGACUUUCUUUGCAUCUCUCCUUCCAGAAGGGCCUGGAGUGACCCGCAACUGACUUGUCACCAGUCUACUCGUCUGAAACUGCAAUGGGCUUUAGUCUACCUGAGUGAAUCGGAUACCAACUCCAAACCAGGAGUGAAAGUGGAUGACUGACUGAGUGAUUCACUGACUGAGCAAACAAAGCUGCAAGAAGCCUUAAGUCAUUACAGCCUAGAGACAAAGAUGCUUGCCCUCAUUCCGAAGAACUUUGUUCUGUAGCACUUAUUAGGUACCUAUGUAGUGGCUUGGCAUUGCAAACUUGUGCACUAAAUGCACAGGCUCUAAGCAGGUGUGCAAAAAUGUUACGGAAGCAAAUUGCUUCUUCUGUGUGAUGUGAUUCCUGUUGGAAUGUUUCAAAUGCUAUUUAAAUUACACUGAGUGUAGGAUCUCAAAAAAAUUUGCUAGAUAUGCAUUAGCAGAUUUUUAGGAAAGAUCUAUUGUUAAAUUGCUUCAACAAUAGUUUAAAUUUUCUGUGUAAAUAUUUUCCUAUGAAAGAUGUAUGGUGCAAUUUCCUUGUUGGACAAAGUGGAGGACUGUAAGACAGUGACCUCUUGAUAAGCAAUUACCUCAGCGGAGUUGCAGGUUAAAUUUCAUGUUGCCAAAUUCAGAUACUUUAAACUCAAGGAUUAAUUUCCACCUUGCCAAAUCAUGGGAGAAGAGUAAGUGUGAUCAGCUUUAUCUAGCAAGAAUUUAUGCAAGAUGUAAACUUCUUCACUGCUUUUGGAUGCAAAGUUAAAGCACUCUAAUGCUUGUAUUCAACUUUGAUGCAUUCUCACUCCAGAGCAACUCUCUUGUAUUACUUCAUCAUGUUCCCUUUAAUUUCUGAUAUGGUUAAGGGCUUUGAUUGCAAUAAAAUUUGCAGGUGUUUA